AUGUGGGUCCCGUGCCGGCAACAAGAAACAAACAUGGACAGGUUGCGGAAAAGAAUUAACGAGAAAUAUGGAGUGAAUUUGAACACAUAUCAAGAGUUUCAUCGCUGGUCAUGUGACAACUAUGCUGAAUUCUGGGAGGAAGUGUGGACAUUCACAGACAUCAUUCACUCCAAGUCAUUUGAAGAGGUUGUCAAUAAGAAAAAGUCCAUUUCUGAAAUCCCAGAAUGGUUUCGGGGAAGCAGGCUGAAUUUUGCUGAGAACAUCCUCCGUUUUGAUGAUGACAGAGUGGCAGUAUAUUCAACAGGAGAAGGACGGAGUAGUGUAAGAAGGAAGACACAUAGAGAGUUACGACAGUCUGUUGCAGCUUAUGCCGCAGCAAUGAGACAUAUGGGUGUUCAGAAAGGGGACAGAGUGGUGGGUUAUAUACCAAACUGCACUGAAGCAGUGGAGGCCAUGCUUGCUGCUGUUAGUAUAGGAGCUAUCUGGAGCUCUACGUCACCUGACUUUGGAGUUGUGGGUGUGCUGGAGCGGUUCACACAAAUUCAGCCCAAGCUGAUCUUCAGUGUCAAUGCUGUACACUACAAUGGCAAAGUUCACAGUCAUAUUGAGAAGCUUGAGCAGGUUGUCAAAGGUUUGCCAGAGUUAGAGAGGGUUGUUGUAAUUCCAUUUGUUGAAGACUUCCAUGUAGAUCUGACCAGUAUACCUCUGAGUGUGUCACUGGCAGAUUUUUUGCAAGGUGCUACGAAAGAUGGGGGAGUUCCUGAACUGAGUUUUGAGCAGGUGCCCUUCAACCACCCACUGUAUAUCAUGUAUUCAUCAGGAACAACGGGUGUUCCUAAGUGCAUGGUGCAUUCUGUUGGGGGUACACUAAUCAAACACUUGGAGGAACAUGUCAUACAAGGAAAUAUGGAUUGCAGUGAUGUUCUUCUUUAUUACACAACUGCUGGCUGGAUGAUGUGGAACUGGAUGGUGUCUGCCCUGGCUGUAGGAGCUUCUAUCUUGUUGUAUGAUGGAUCUCCACUGGUGCCUCACGCAAACAUUCUUUGGGAUUUGGUGGAUGAAAUUGGGGUAACAAUUCUGGGGACUGGAGCCAAAUGGUUGUCUGUGUUGGAGGAUAAAGGAGUACACCCAAAAACCACACACAACCUGCAGUCGCUGAAAGCCAUCCUGUCCACUGGCUCACCUCUGAAACCCCAGAGCUUUGAAUACGUGUACAGGGACAUCAAAUCUGAUGUUUUGUUGGGAUCCAUAUCUGGAGGUACAGACAUCAUUGCAUGUUUUAUGGGCCACAACUGGACUGUGCCUGUGUACAAGGGAGAGAUCCAGGGUUUGUUUCUGGGCUGUGACAUGCAGAGCUGGGAUGAAGCAGGGAAACCAGUGUACAACCAGAGUGGGGAACUGGUGUGUCUGAAACCAUUCCCAUCCAUGCCUGUUUACUUCUGGAAUGACCAAGAUGGCUCCAAGUACAGAAAGGCCUACUUCAACAAGUUUAGAGAUGUCUGGGCUCAUGGUGAUUUCUGUCAGAUCAAUUCCAAAACAGGUGGAGUCUUGAUGCUGGGUCGAAGUGAUGGUACACUCAACCCAAAUGGUGUGCGUUUUGGAAGUGCAGAAAUUUAUCAAGUUGUCGAGGGCUUCAAGGAAAUCCAGGACAGCGUGUGUGUCAGUCAGAGAAGCCAGGAUGGACUCGACGAAAGGGUUGUUCUCUUCCUGAAGAUGGCCCCGGGCAGUGAGUUUGGUGAGAACGUGGUCAACAGUCUCAGGACACACAUCCGCACCUACUUGUCGGCCAGGCAUGUCCCUGCAGUCAUCCUUCCAAUCGCUGACAUCCCUUACACAAUCAGUGGCAAGAAAGUGGAAGUUGCUAUCAAACAAGCCAUCUCUGGCCAAGAGGUGUUACAGAGAGGAGCACUAGCAAAUCCAGACAGCAUAGAUCUCUACUACAACCUCCCAGAGCUGCAAGGGUUUUAA